AUGUCCUUGGGCAAAAAGUCCAGCUUACUUGGGAAGUCCCAAGCGUACCGUGGAUUUCUCUUGUGCUGGUUCACUGGGGAAAAGAUGCUGGCGUGCCAGUCGCCUCAUUCAUUAUAUAUCGGCGAUGGCGACGGUAUUACCAAAGAGAUGUUGGCAGAAAACCCCAACUUUGCACUAAAAAUCAUCGACCCGACUGGUAAUCACACCAAGACAGGCGAACCGGAAGGCUUCAUCAACAACGAGUUGCAGAGCCGGGGAUUUAUCAUCAGAACCAAUGAGACAACAACGGCGACGGGGGCGACUUCAUCAGCGACAUCAUCUGCGACACCAACAACGACAGGGUCUGCAAGCUCGGGGGGAUCGAUUGGUUUGUCGGGCGGUGCCGUGGCCGGUAUAGCUAUCGGAUGCGUAGCGGCCGGUGCUCUUAUAAUGCUGGCUAUCUGGUUUAUCUGGCUUCGAAAGCGACGUUCUGGCAAUAGCGAAGCCAACCUUGUGUCUGGACACCACCCAACACCAACUCUGCACCCCGUCAUGCACCAAGAUAUGCGUCAGGACUCUGCAUAUGCAAGUCCUAACUCGUCAGGCGAUCGCAUGUUCGAGAUUCAAAAUACUCACAGAGCUCAUCUGUCACAUCAAACGAGCAACGUGAGUCCCGUUAGCCCGAUGAGGCGGCACACGCCCCCGCCAUCGUACCCGUCUCCGGUCGACGAUUAUGUACCGCCGAUGACGGAGCUCUCUGGUGUCCGGGAACCCCAGGAAGUCCCGUCAACGAACCCCAACUACCCGCCAGAGCUUGCCGGAUCCCAUCACCAUUAA